UCUCUAACAGUUAUUUAUUAAAUAAUAAGCAUGUCCAGCAUAGAAACAAAUACAAGUGUUGCUGUUAAACAGCCUGCAGAAACUAUGAAGCUAUGACCAGCAACAUGUCAAGGGCAUAAGGAAGCAACAUGUAAGUGCACAUGGGUACAAAGGCUUGCCACUCUGUCUGUAGUCAGGAAGCCUUGAAGGACAGCCUGGCUGGGUACAGAGCUGGCCCGGAUCUGGGAGGAUAGAUGGAAGAGCAUCCCUGAUUGGGAAGCCGAUACGAUGUGUGCAAAUGUCAAAUGGGUGGUUCUAAAAAGAGGUGAUCGGGCUGAGAUGGCCCGAGAGGAAUGGGGAUAUGGGCAGUCAGCCUGGAGAAGUUGAGGAGCCUCACAUGCUAAGCUCAGUGUUUAGUCUUUAUCCGACGGGCAGCGGAAGGCUUUCAAAGAGUUUUCAGCAGAGGGGAAGUGAUGAUUGGAACUGCAGCUCAGAGAACUCUCUGUGGCAAUGAUGAUGAUUAGACACAGCCCUGGGCAGGGAUGGAUGCAGAGAGCCUGGUGACCAUCUGCAAGGAGCCCAUGAGCCAUGUGGGUGUGCUUGUCACCAUGCUUUGGCAAGCCAUGUGCACAGGAAAGAGGCUGACUUACAAGAAUCAGCUCCUGAAAGCCCAGCGAGGCCCAGCCGGGCCUGCAGCCAACUUCCGCCUUAUUCGGGAUGCUUUCACUUUCCAGACAUCUUGUUUUGAGUCAAGAUUCCUCCUUCUGAACAUGGGACUUUCCAGCAGGACCACAGCUCCUUCCGUGCACUCAUUUGGCCUAGGAUAUCCUGGUUUGUUGAGGGAAUCUUCCGAAGGAGGACGUCUGCCAUGUGGUCCCUCUGGGGUCUUCUUCUCUGCGAAGUACUCCUUCCCAUCGUGGUUAUCGGUGUCCAAGUGCUCAGCAAGGUGGGGGACUCCGUGUUGCUGGCGGCAGAGUGCCCUCCUGGCUUCCAAGUGCGCGAGGCCAUCUGGCGAUCUCUCUGGCCGUCAGAGGAGCUCCUGGCCACGUUUUUCCGGGGUUCCUUGGAGACUCUGUACCACUCCCGUUUCCUGGGCCGAGUCCAGCUACAUGGCAACCUCAGCCUGGAGCUUGGGCCCCUGAAAACUGGAGACAGCGGCAACUUCUCCGUGCUGAUGGUGGACACCGGGGGUCAAACCUGGACCCAGACCCUGCAUCUCAAGGUGUACGAUACGGUGCCCAAGCCCGUGGUUCGAGUGUUCACUGCUGCAACGGAAGAGGUUCAACCCCCCAACACCUGCCAGGUCUUCUUGUCCUGCUGGGCCCCCAACAUCAGUGACAUAACCUAUAGCUGGCGACGGGAGAGGCUGAUGGACGUUGACAUGGAACUGCACAGCCUUUUCUCAAAUGGACAGGUGUUAAGUGUCUCGCUGGGACUGGGCGACAAAGAUGUGGCCUAUACCUGCAUCGCUUCCAACCCUGUCAGCUGGGAUAUGGCCACAGUCACUCCCUGGGAGAGCUGCCAUCAUGAAGCAGCCUCUGGGAAGGCCUCCUACAAGGACGUGCUGCUGGUGGUAGUGCCAAUCUCAGUGUUCCUGAUUCUAGCUGGUCUCUUUGGGGCAUGGCACCAUGGCCCCUGCUCAAGUAGGAGUCUUGGAAAAGGAAAAGGAAGGAUGCUAGCACUGACAGGGUGGUUCCAGAGACGGAGAAUCCCCUCGUGUAAGAUACGCCAUGAAGGACACAUAAACUGGUGCUUGGAUCAUGAUGAGACGCCCUGCCCAGCCACAUGAUGCUCCACACCCGGAAACUUCCAGGGUCCUCAGAACUUCCACAAGUCUCCUGUCUGCCGCUAGAGAACAGCCAAGGAAGCCAUCACCCUCCGGGGGGCAAGGUGGACUAAGAGGGUGCUUCCUCAAGAGCACUGGACAUUCUCUAGGAUCCACAGAGACAUUGUCCUUCUAUACUACUGUAUAGAAGGAAUUAUUUAACUAUCAAGAGACUGCCUCCAGGCCAGGUCCUGGGCCUUAAGAGAUAUCAGACAUUUGAGCUAACCACUGCCAACUCCAACCCCAGCCCCUGGAAUCUGAGAUUCUUGUGUUCAAGAUGUUACCAUAAGGAAAGUUACAGAAUAAGGAAAGGUGGAGGGAAGGAAGGGCUUUUCUUUUCUGGCAUGAAGGACUUUGGGCAUCUGAGUUCAAGGCCCCUCAAAGGUCAAUUGAGGUUAUGGGUGACGAAGGAUAGCUGACAUGCCGCCAUCUUGGGUUGGAAGCCAUUUUUCUGGUAGCACCCUAUUAAUAGACAUCUUCAUCACCAUUAACUACUCUCAUGCCUUCUACAUGAUCUGGGGUAGUAUUUGGGGGUCUCUCUGUACAUUCUACACCAUUGCCAGAAAGGAAAAACAAACAAACAAACAAAAACAGAGAGUUUGACCCAGCCAACAGGGAAGCCUUGCACAAUAGCAAGAGAAGCCGCUAAGUUCAGGGUGAGUCUGUCCUCCUGAAACUGGGAGAAGGAAGAGCCAUGAACAGCUACAUGGGAGGAAAACUGUGGAGGGGAAGGAUACUGAGACACUUCAGGAUCGGCCACAUUCAUUUUCAGAUGCAAGUGUAGAAGACCCACCUAAGUUCAAGGGGAGAGCAAAGUCCCUACCACUCACCUGUAGGAUCGUCAAGGUCGCUUUGACACAGGCCGCCACUGUAGAGGAUACUGUUACAGCCAUCCUUGGAAAAUGUAUCCUGCCAUUGAAUGAUUCUGUCUUGAAAAAGUCUAGGCUGUCUAUUGCUGCUUGGGAAAACAAAGCACUUACUGAGUUAAAUCUGUCCUCGUGGAGGAGCAGCUACUAAGGUCCACGCUUAUUCUCAUCCAAAUGGAAUGGAUUUUAUCCUGGGGCCCCGCCCAGACCUUGAUAAUGGAGAGGAAGGAGGCACUGAGGAAGCAGAGAUAUGCUGUGGGAUGGUCUGUAUGUCAAAUGUGUUGCUGAUUGGUCAAUGAAUAAAUCACUGAUUGGCAGUGGCCAGGCAGGAAGUAUAGGCGGGACUAACAGAGAGGAAAAUUGAGAGAACAGGAAGCUGGGAGGGGAGACACUGCCAGCCGCCAUCAGGACAAGGAAGAUGUAAAGUACCGGUAAGCCACAAGCCACGUGGCAAGGUAUAGAUUAAUAGAAAUGGAUUAAUUUAAGCUGUAAGAACAGUUAGCAAGAAGCCUGCCAUGGCCAUACAGUUUGUAACCAAUAUAAGUCUCUGUGUUUACUUGAUCGGGUUUGAGUGGCUUGGGACUGGCGGGUGAGAGAGAUUUGUCCUGACUGUGGGCCAGGCAGGAAAACUCCAGCUACAAAUGGCGCCCAACGUGGGGCAAGAGUUUCCACCUAAAACCUGAAAAAAAAGAUUCUAAAACGGAGCUAAAAACAGCUUCCUAAUUGUCUCUCUCAAAUGAGCGGCAGCUGCCGGUUUGAGCUACUGGCGGGUUCCUAGCGUGUGCGCUCGACCUGCCCCCGUAUGGUGGGAAUGAGGCCUCUGCAAGUGGCAUAUUAAGCUGCAUUGUGGAUUUAGCCUUUGCUAGUACAAAACAAAAAAAAGAGGUUUCUGGGCUACACGCUGCUUGGAUAAAAGCAUAGACCCAUGAUGGCUCCCAGAGCUGGCGGUAAGCAUACUGCCGCCAUGUUGGGAAGCUGAGGUGGGCGGAGCCAGUAGCCACAGCUGCUGCAGCUUAAAGCAAUAGAUUCACAAUAAGACAGAUUCAGAUGUAAUAGUUUAAAAUGUAUGUAAAAUAUACGUAGGCUUAAAAGAGACAAAAAAAGGUGAUAUAUACAGUAUAGAAACAAAUACAUGGUUUUAAAAAAAAAUAAAGUCUUUAAAGAGACAGUAAAAUUAAUAUAAAAAAUAAGCCACGUAGAGAUGACUAUUACACAGAGAAUCUGGAUUGUGUUGUCUUUGGGAUUCUUAACUACAGAGAGAUAUUUGAUUGUAAAGGAAGCUGAGUUAAACCAGUAUGUAUAUUUUAAAGAUACUUUGACUUCAAAAUUUGGAUGUAAGGAUACGUUGCUUUGGAAAAGAGUCUCUUUUGUUUCCACAGAAAGCCAGAGGCUAUGGAUUUGCUCAAGAUUAAGACACAUCAGGUUUGACCAGCCAAGACCACCUGAAAGGUCUCUGAUGACACCAUGGCCCAGAUGAUCCAACAUCCAGAACCGUUUCAAGGCAACUGGCUCAGAUGAUACAGCCUCACGGACUACUCCAUGAUCCUAAAAUUUUCUUUGUUUCCCCAGAAGAUACAGCGCCCCCCUCCAGCAGGAAGUAGUAAGAGAAGCUACGCCCAAAUUCCCAAAUAUACCAAGCUGACUUUGGAGAUGUGUAAAGGUUAAAACCUUCCUUUUUAAGAAAAGAAAAGGGGAGGUGCUGUGGGAUGGUCUGUAUGUCAAAUGUGUUGCUGAUUGGUCAAUGAAUAAAUCACUGAUUGGCAGUGGCCAGGCAGGAAGUAUAGGCGGGACUAACAGAGAGGAAAAUUGAGAGAACAGGAAGCUGGGAGGGGAGACACUGCCAGCCGCCAUCAGGACAAGGAAGAUGUAAAGUACCGGUAAGCCACAAGCCACGUGGCAAGGUAUAGAUUAAUAGAAAUGGAUUAAUUUAAGCUGUAAGAACAGUUAGCAAGAAGCCUGCCACGGCCAUACAGUUUGUAACCAAUAUAAGUCUCUGUGUUUACUUGAUCAGGUUUGAGCGGCUUGGGACUGGCGGGUGAGAGAGAUUUGUCCUGACUGUGGGCCAGGCAGGAAAACUCCAGCUACAGAGAUAGUUUUGAGUGUGUUUCCUGGGUGGCUUCAGUCUCUCCACCCAGGAAGUCAGUCCUGCCCUGGCACCUUCCCUCUUCUCCUCACUGCCGAGACAGCCACUUUACCUGGGACAAAUAAUGGGCACCAUCCACUGGCUGGUGUGUUCACAUCACACACCUCCUGUCCACUUACCCUGGAUCCCCUCUCGCCGGCCUUUCUCAGAGGCUCCUGGCUUUAUCGAAUUCUUUCAUUCACCUGCACUCACUUUUCUUCUCUCCCCUUUCGUCCAACUUCCGCGUGUAGAGUGCACGUGCCCACACGGCCUGGCAGCUUGUGCUGCCCUCCCCUGCCACUUAUAGGCAUCUUCUCACCAACUCAUGGAAAACCAGCCUGUCUAUGAAACAACGUGAAAAGGGAAGCCCAGGCUCUAGUGAUGAGCCAUGGUGGUUCUGGGGUGAUAAAACACACACUGUCUGUCCCCCACUUUUCCUCCCUUUAUCUCCACAGCCUCACCUCAAAUCCAAGCACAGGUCUCGUCUUUUUAUCUACCUUGUGUAGACAGUGGAUUUGCAGGGAGUUGUACCAGGGCCUCUUGGGACAGGACAUGCUGCUCAAACAAACUGCUGCUCCCAUCCCCAGUGACUCACUUGUCAACUUAUUAUCCUUAUUAGACUUAUUAUCCUUCCUCUGGAAAACACAAAGUGCUUGUGGGAGACCAAUCUUAUUCUAAGAGACAUUGGGAAAGAUGCUUCAAAAGUUACACCAUCCCAAGUAUGAACUGAGCAUUCAGCAUAUGCUGAGAACUCUCUGAGGCCCUGAGGAAUCAGUUUCGGAUGAAGCAAAGCCUUUGCCUUUGUAGAAUCCAUGUUCAAUGGCAUAUAAAUAAAUUGAUAAGUAUAUGCUAGAUGCUGACGGGUUCCGUCUAAAAGAUAAGGCAGGCUGGCUUUGUGGUACAAGCUUAGAGACCUGGCUACUUGGAAAACUGAGGUAGGAGGAUGGUAAUUCAAGGCCCGCCUGGACUACAGAGUAAGUUCAAGGCUAGCCUGGCUGGUUUAGUCAGAAACUUGUCUCAAAACAAAGUGCAAAAAGAUGGGCUGGGGAAUAUAGCUCAGUGGGAGAGUGCUUCCUGGCAUGCAGGAGGCUCUGGGUUCAAUCUCCAGAGCCACAAAAAAAGGAAGGAAGGAAGGAAGGAAGGAAGGAAGGAAGGAAGGAAGGAAGGAAGGAAGGAAGGAAGGAAGGAGAGGACUCAUCGGAACUAGGAUGUCACCACGCACUGGCAGGUGAGUGCUGCCAGCACAGAACAGCAAAGCCCUCAAGUGGAAGCACAGUUCACAGCCAACAGAGACCAGGUGGCUGGAUCCAAACGAGGGAGAAAUAAGAGAAGGGAAAGGUCCAGAGAUAAGGCCUGGGGCCACCUCAUGGAGGUCUUCAGGGUCUAAAGAGCAAGGGCCUCUUUUCCUUGGAGUUUGGGAGGCAGAGGGGGCCCCAGUGAGUCAAGGUGUCAGUCUCUUUGGGGGAUGUAUCUAGUAUGUACAUGCUCAGACCAGCAUCCUCUCCAGACUGCCUUUCCUCUUCCUUGUUCUCUUCUUCUUUAUCUUCAGCGAUAGCAUUUGAGCCUAUUCUUUUGUAUGAAGGAUAAACGUGAGAUCUGCUGGGACCAAGAGGUCAAGUGACGGAAUAUUAGAAUUUAGCUGAGCAUGGUAGCUUACACCUGUAAUCCUAGCACUGGAAAGGCUGAAGCAGAAUUGCUGUGACUUUAAGGUCAGCCUAGACUAUCUGGUGAGUACCAAGGCAGCCUGGGCUACAGAGCGAGACGCUGUAUCCCAAAACUAAUAUGAGAGGAUGGGGGAGAGUGUAGCACAAGAACCAGUUCAAAGACAGUUUCAUUUCCUUCGUGCAGGUAUAAAUACUCAGUGCUUUAAAGAGGGAGGGGGAAGGGGGAGAAUGGCAUCCCCACCAAGUCUUUCUUCCAUGUGUAUGACACAGUACCUGUGUUAACCAGCUCUUGCUGAUCUCUCAGGGAAACAACUGUCCCUUUCAGGCUGGACCCAUCGGCUCCCUGUAGCCGUUCUGCAUGCAGCCUGAAACAAAAGUCUGUAAAACUCCAGAAUACAACCUCCCUAGGUCUGUGAAAGUGUCAGCUGCUGUCUCGCCUUUGGGGUAUGUGCUGGAGACAACCAAUUGUCAGGAGUGGCAGGCUGACCAUAUGAGUGGGGAUAUUCUACUGCACAGCUGGCCUGGCUCCCAUUCCAGGAGUCAUACUUUUAGGGAGAUACAAUAAACUUUGAGUAUCGAGAAGAGAAUGGCCAGCAUGGUGAGAAGUCUAGAUGUCCUUAUCCUAUGAGAAAUGACUAAAGAAACUGCUUGUGUUUGGUUUGAAACAAACAAAAACGAAAACCUCAGAUGGAUGCAGAUAUACAAAUAUAUGAAAAGCUUUAACAUAAGCCCAGACUGUGUAACCAGGGUCAGCGGAGCAUGUUACCAAGAUGCAGAUGUUGACCCAUGUGAAAAAUAGGAUAUCACAGUGAGGAGGCAGGCUUGUGGUUACUGGGUUCCACUUCUUAGGUGGAAAGCUGAAGCCAAAAAGAUGUAAUUAGUCAAGGCAAGAUAAAAAUUAGUUCUAAAACUGGUUCUCUAAAUCAGUUCAGCCCCUCACACUGCACUACAUCACCGGGAAAGAACUUUCCAACUGAUGAUGAAAUACAGUUAUGAAAUGAACUGUUUGAACAAAUCUGAGUCAGCAGAAACUGUCUCAGAGCAAGAUCUGUCUCAGAGCAAGAUCAUAGACUAGAGAUUGUUCAUAUUAGGAAGUUGUACCACGAGUGACAAACGCAUUGCAUGUAUAUACAAAUUUCUGUCUUCCAGGGCCAUGUCAGACCCAGCUAAUAGAUGCCAACACACUUUUCCCACUGAGUCUAGAUGCACUGUUGACAUUACCCCUACCAAUCAAAGAUGAUUGCUACGAUGAAAACUGUUUGCUAUUCCUACCCGCAACAAUCUAUAGCAUCCUCCAAUAGUGAGAACUCAUUACAAUUUAAGGAAAGAAUGAAUGAAUAAACAAUGAGACGGAAGAGGCCAGUGGAAGGGUUCUGCUAAGGAGCUGGAAAGCAGCCAUGCUUUGUGGAGGAAAAUUAAUCUAGCUUCUCUUUCUCUGCCAUUUUUCUCAGCGUGUUGCUUGGGGGAAAUAUCAGCACUGUAAGGAGAAAGUGAUGGGAAGUAGUUACACCAUUACCAAGAAACACAAACCAGCAAUCAUACAAACAAGUGAAUAAUACACACAGCCAUUGAAACCGUCAUGUUUUUAGAAUGUCUAAGAAUAAAAGAGAAACACUGGCAUUAGUCAAGAUUCUUCGGGUCUAUGCAAACGCAAAAACAGCAACAGGGAAAACAAACCUCUCUGGCCUUAACUAAAGCAAGUAAGGAAUUUAUCCUAAACUUGUGGGUCACUCAGAGAUCCCAAGAAAAUGCUGACCGACUUGGGGUCUCCAUGGAAUUAUUCCAUUAUACUUUCUGCAUCCCAGUUGCUCACUAAAGUUUCCAAAUCAGUGGAGUUAGAGCUACUUAGCUGGAGCCAAGGACUUUUCUUCUAUGACAACGGAAGAGUGGUAUGUGACAUCUUGUCAGAAGCAAUAGUUGGUCUAACAAAAUAAAGCUUUAAGGAAAAGCUUGAACAGGAAUCUGUAUAACAGGAAAUGAAUCCAUCUGCUCAUUCAAUAAGCUUUACAGAGCAUCUGCCACACAGCACCACAGCAGAGAUCUAUCAGUUACUAAAACACAUCGCAGCCCUGUCCUCCAAGGGCUCAAGACCUCGUUGUCAACAGCAGUACUGGGACAGACAUACAGCCCCCACAGUGGGUUCAAAGCUGUCUCCUGAUCUGUCUGACCUCUGUCCUCAGUAAGAGUCAGUCCAGUCCGCGGGAGAAAUGGCAAAUGGCAUGUAGAUGUAAUUCUGAAUGGUUUUAUUAAAGAAAUGCAGAGUUAAAAGCCCCAGAGGUCAGAGAGAAGUAGCCAAGAGCUGAGACCAAAACCGCCUUCUUACCACCCCGCUGCCGCUACCAUCCUUCCCCUGAGAAAGAGACCUACUUCCUGUGUGUCUGUCUUUUUAUUGACUUUCUGUUCUGCCUUCUCAUUGGUUGUAAACCCAACAACAUGACCUCCUUGUCACUGCCUGUCUAUACAGACCUCCAGGUCUCUAUGGUUGGUAUUGAGAUUAAAGGUAUGGGUCUCCAAGCUGGCUAUGAACACACAGACUCUGCCUGCCAUGUGAUCAGAUUAGGGGCGUGUGCUACCACUGCCAGACUUCUGCUAUGGCUUGCUAUUAGCUCUGACCCACCCCCCCCCCCCAGGCAACUUUAUUUAUUAACAUACAAAUAAAAUCACAUUUCAGCACAAAUAAAAUAUCACCGUAAUGGCAACUUUGCCUAGAACAGUUAGCAGGCAUGGAAGACUGGGUAGCGCUGUGAUUUCCUGGGCAGGUCUUCCCAAAGCGAAGGAUUCUGUUCAGCUGUGUUCCCAGAAUACCGGGAAAUCACAGGCUGAUGGGUGACCUUCAGCUUCCCCUCCAAGUGGGAGGAGAGUGGUGCUGGGGCCAGAGCCACACUUCCCGGGCAGGAUGGUCCUGGGACCUGGGACUCUUGGACUGAGACACUGUCACACUCUGUCUUGCCUUCAAGCCCACACACAGCCUUCCGGUUGCACUCUCUUACUAGGGUUACUCAGGGAUCUCCAUGGUCAGGUAAAGUCAGUAAAACUCAG